AUGACCACUCCGACAAGCAUGGCGCCAGUCCUGCGCCUUCUUCUCCUCCUCCUGGCAUUCUCCCCCCUCGCAGCGACGACAUUCUGCUACUGGCCCAACGGCGAGAGCGCUGACGAAAACACGUACGUGCCCUGUGUCGACAGUAAGGGCGCCGGCAACGGCGUCUGCUGCCAGCAGGGCGACAUCUGUAUCGGCAUCAAGUUAUGCCAGACUCGCCCGUCCUUUGGCGAGCUGCCCCUCGGCGGCGUUGGGAACAUCGAGGCUAUCCCAGAGUACUACCGCCCGGCAUGCACGAGCGACGACUGGUUCAAUGAUCGCGUCUGCAGAAAGGUCCCCUGUGCAGACGACUCGGCCCCCUUUCACGACCUCCUGGACGGAGUGCAAGGCCUCGGCCAGUGCGACGAUAAAGACCAGGGCGUGUUCUACUGCCUAGACGACGCGAGGCCCCAGCCCAAAUGCGGCCUGGGCGAUAAACAUCUGCUUACCAUCGAUAACAUGCAAGACACAUAUACAGCCUCCCGGCCGAAUGGUGUAUACCUCAUCCCCACUACCACAAAGGCCACGGAGACGAGCUCCAGAAGCAGCAGCAGUAGCAGCAGCAGCACCAGUGUAAUCCUGGUAGCAGGACCGCCCGUCACCGCGGCCCCGGCCCCGUCGAAGUCCACCUCCCCGCCACCAGGAACCGCGGCGCCUGCCCCAACGACAACAGGGCCGGUUGUGACGCCGACGACGACACCGGGCGCGGUGACGCCCCAGGAAGCGAACAACGACGACAAGGCGGCGGACCUGCCGCUCGCUAUCGGCGGCGCGAUCGGCGGCGUCUCCUUGCUGGCGGCCGGCGUGCUGGCCUUCUUCAUCGCGCGGCGCCUGCGCUGUUGCCGGGGCCGCCGUCUCGCCGCGAGGGCCGAGAGCCCGCCGCCCAUCGAGCUCGACGGUUGGCGCCCUGGACAGGCUGAGAACAGCAGCGGGAGGGACUAUGUUGCCCAUAACGGUGGUGGUGGGGGCGGCGGCGUGGAGUUGGGUAAGAGCGCCGGCGAUGGCUAUGGUUAUGGCUGGAGGAAGUACUACUGA